UGUCAGUCACACAAGUGAGCCAGUGCACCAGGCGGAGUAAGCCUGACCAGACGGGUGGAACAACACGUCUCAGAUUCAUAAAGUGACUGAUUCUUGAUAACAGAGAGAUGUCAACGUAUAGGAGGAACCUGAUGAUCCGUGCAACUACUCUCACCUUCCUCAUCUGUUUUCUUUUCUCGUCACAUCUGAAGGUGAGGACGUCCCUCAAGUUCGAAAUGGGAGGCCUCGGUAGCGGACUGUCUUCGUGGUGGUCGGGUGCUCCUGUCCUCCUGUCUCCCGAGAACGAGAUGAUACCCUCCAAGGUUGAGGUGGGUGUAGAUGAGAAUUACUACAUGAAGGGCGGGGCUGUGUGGAGGAGGGGCACGGUGGAGUGUUCUCUACCAGUCGGGGCUCCUAAAGACUACAUGAAGCUACAAGACCUCUUCAGUUUGGAGAAGGAAUGGAAGGGGACGGUAAGCAACAUCCUACUGGCUGAGACAUCCUGCAACCCGAAGCCAUCCUACCGAGCUUGGUGCGCCGUGGAGAGGUAAGAUGGGUAAACCUGCCUGUAGGUAUACCGCA